CGUUUCACCACCUGUCCUGUCUCCCCCCUUUUAAUCCUCUCAACCAAAAACCCACUUCUCAAAACCUAGAGAGAGAAACAACAACACCCACCAUUUCUAGAGAGAGAAACCCACAUUAUCCUGUUCAUCUUCAUCUUCUUCUUCUUCUGAUCUCAUCUCCAGAUUUGCAUCAUGAGUUCUCUCAAGAACUAUGAUGCAUUUUUCAGCCUCAUAAUCUUCUCCAUUACAGUCCUCAUUGUUACCACCACCACCACCACCGCAUUACCGAUUCAAAACCCGAGUUCCAACUCGACUCACUCAACUCAGAUCAACUCCAACUCAGUACUAGUCGCCCUCCUCGACUCACACUACACCGAGUUAUCCGAACUCGUUGAAAAAGCCCUUCUUUUACAGACACUAGAACAAACAGUUUCGGGUCAAAACAUCACCAUAUUCGCCCCGAACAAUGAAGCUCUUGAACGCCAAAUGGAUCCCGAAUUCAAACGGUUCUUACUGGAGCCCCGAAAUCUCAAAUCCCUACAAAAGCUCCUACUUUUUCACAUCAUCCCGGGUCGGGUCGGUUCAGAACAAUGGCCGGGUCACGGUACCGGAACCGGAUCCGUUUCUCAUCAUCAAACUCUUUGUGUGGAUGAACCGGAUAAUCACUUACCGUUGACCCGAGGAAACACCGGCGAGAGAAUCGUAAACGGUGUGGCAAAAGUUACCCGACCCGACGACGUUAUCCGACCCGACGGUGUUAUCCACGGAAUCGAGCGGUUGUUAGUGCCCCGAUCCGUACAAGAAGACUUCAACCGGAGAAGAAGUUUGGCUUCCAUUUCCGCCGUGCUACCGGAAGGUGCUCCGGUGGUGGAUCCGAGAACUCACCGGUUGAAAAAACCGGCAGCUCCGGUUCCGGCAGGUGCUCCACCGGUUCUCCCGGUGUACGACGCGAUGGCUCCAGGUCCGUCCCUAGCUCCGGCACCGGCUCCAGGACCUGGAGCCGGCCACCGACACUUCGACGGCGAAAGUCAGGUCAAAGACUUCAUCCAAACGUUACUACAUUACGGCGGAUACAAUGAACUGGCUGACAUUUUGGUUAAUCUAACGUCGUUAGCGACGGAGAUGGGGAAAUUAGUGUCUGAGGGUUAUGUGUUAACGGUGUUAGCCCCGAACGAUGAAGCGAUGGCGAAAUUGACUACUGAUCAGUUGAGUGAUCCGGGUGCACCGGAGCAGAUAAUGUAUUAUCAUUUGGUACCGGAGUAUCAAACCGAAGAGAGUAUGUAUAAUUCGGUUAGGCGGUUUGGAAAGGUUGAGUAUGAUACGUUAAGGUUGCCGCAUAAGGUGGUGGCGGAGGAGGCGGAUGGGUCGGUUAAGUUCGGGUCAGGCGAGGGGUCUGCGUAUUUGUUCGACCCGGAUAUUUAUACGGAUGGGCGGAUAUCGGUGCAGGGGAUUGAUGGGGUGCUGUUUCCGGUGGAAGAGGUGAAGGAGAAACCGGUGGGUAAGGUUGCGCCGGCGACGGUGGGUAAGGUGGUUGCUACGCAAAGAAGAGGGAAAUUAUUGGAAGUAGCAUGUUCAAUUGCUGGAUCAUUUGGGCAUUUUACAAGUUGUUAUUGAUGUAUACAUACAUAUAUUUUAUGCAUAAAAGUUUAAUUUUUAGGAAAAGUGUGUGCAAAAUAGGACAUAAAGGGAAGCAAAUGAUGCAGUUUGGCAUUGAAGGAAGUUUCCCCAGAGAAUCAGAUUCAGACCCCCUUCACAUGAGAACAAACUUUAUUUUUAUUUUUUUUUCCUUUAAGAAAAAAUAAUUUUCAAAAUUUUCUUUCUUUAUGGUGUUAUAUAAAUACUGUAAAUUAGUAAAAAAGUGAUUUUUUAUGUAUUUAUGUUUGAUUUUUGAGGAAAUUGUAUUUGCACAAAACUGCAAAUCUUGUUGCACAAUUUUCUUCCUUAAGGAAGAAUAUUGAUAUGAAGAUCGAUUUUUGAGGAUUCCGGAA